GAUUUCUCCUUCUCUCACUCUGCCUCCUUCUUCAGCAUUUUGCAUGAGCACUGUGCAGUUUCGAGGUGCACUGCUGUCUCGUAUGCGAGGGGAUCAGAGCUUCCCUCAAAUGGGAUGGAAACCCAGAGGGAGAUGCCCAAGAAAAUCAACAUGGAACAUCUAAUUGGUAAGCCUUGUUUUGUGUGUGUGGCUUUUUUUCUCAAUAAUAAUGAAAAGGACCAGAACGUAUCUUCACAGCAGGAUCAGGUGGAUGACGGCAGACUCAAAAUUGCUUUUGAGGAGAUUCUUCGUAACCAAAUUCUCACGAAAGAUGCUGUUACUGCCUAAGUUGAUGUGGUGUACUACAGGAUCUACAGUGCUGUCAACACUGUUGCUAACAUCAGUGAUGUCCACUCAGCGACCUUGCUUUUGGCACAGACAACCCUGAGAAACAUUCUGGGUUCACAGAGCUUGGCUCAGCUGCUGGCAGGUCAUGAGGAGAUUGCACGAAUUAUCCAGGCUAUCCUCAACAGUGCCAUGGAGCAGUGGGGAGUCAAAGCAGCCCGUGUGGAGAUCAAAGAUGUCAGGAUUCCUGUGGCCAUGCAGAGGGCAAUGGCAGCUGAAGCAGAGGCUGCUCACGAGACAAGAGCUAAGGUUGUGGCAGCAGAACAAGAAACGAAUGCUUCUAGAGCUCUCAAGCAGGCCUCCAUGGUGCUGUCUGAGUGUCCAGCAGGUCUUCAGCUGCAUUACCUGCAAAUGUUAACAACCUUGGCAGCAGAGAAUAAUUCCACCAUUGUCUUCUCUCUCCCUAUGAAUAUGCUUGGGAGUUUGGGGCAGAAAAGUAGAGGGGGAUAGAGACUGUUCUAGGGUAGCUCCUUAGCCAGAGAUAUUUAAAGGUUUCCUCAGGAAGCCAGGGGUUCCAGAUUGCCAGAAUUAAAGUAGAAGCAUGCUUGGGUCCUCUGUCCCAAAAAUAAGAGUAAAAUUAGUUUCAUAAUCCUAUAUAGCUCCCACAUUAUGCGUCUGCAUUUGCAAAGAUAGACACUAAGCAGUUUCAGCUUAGCUUAUCUUCAGUAAAAUAGAAGAAAAUAUGU